AGCCCCCAAAUCAAAAACCCUAAAAACUCGAUUUUUAUAAGAAAGUGAAAAAGCUGUACAUAGGGUUAGGGUUUGUGAAAAGAAAUGGCGGCAAUUGCAGAGAAGAGAAAGCCAGUGUUUAUUAAAGUAGAGGAGCUAAAACCAGGCACUUCCGGUCACAAUCUCACCGUUAAGGUCGUUAAUUCGAAUGCCGUUCCCGUUCCUAAGCCCCGCCGUGCCCCCAUGUCUCUCUCUGCCCGCCCUGCCCGUCCUGCCGUUAUCUCUGAAUGCCUCGUCGGGGAUGAGACUGGCUGUAUUGUUUUCACUGCCCGUAAUGAACAAGUUGAUAUUAUGAAAGCUGGAGACACUGUCAUUCUGCGAAAUGCUAAGAUUGACAUGUUCAAAGGAUCCAUGAGGCUUGCGGUAGACAAGUGGGGACGUGUCGAAGCUACUGAACCUGCAAGUUUCACGGUUCAAGAAAAUAACAAUCUUUCUCUAGUUGAAUAUGAACUUGUUACUGUUCAGGGAUGAUUAACUGGUAUGGUUAGGAAGUGAAUAUUUGAAAAUUUAGUGGAAGACAUCAUUUAAUUCCUCAUUGUGAGUUGUUUGACUAAGAAAACAUGUUAGUAUGGUAUAAUUUUUUGGUUAAGAUGUAAUUUUGAAUGGUGUUGGGAAUGCUAAUUUAUAAUUAAUUAUCAUAUUGGAAAUGAAUUAUAUCCGAAUGUUAUAAUUUA